AUGCCGGACGAUGCCUCCGAGACCACGCCUCUACAGGCAGCCCAAUCGCACCUCGGCGACGGCAAGCCAAAGAACCUCAAUGGACACUCGUCAGCGAUAUCAUACGGCGCUAUACCCUCCGAGCCAGCUGAGGUGGGAUCGACAACACCCGAACACAGCGGAGACGAAGCGAUGGUAGAGGAACAACGCACACACGGCUUCAAGUUUGCCGUCAUUGUCGCGAGCCUGUGGGUGGUGCUGUUCAUGGCAGCGCUCGACGGCACCAUUGUCGUGACGCUCAUCUCGUCGAUCUCGUCCUCUUUCAAGGCAUCCGAGAAGUCGGGCUGGCUGGGCACCUCGUACCUGCUCUCCGUGUGCGCCUUUUCGUCGAUCUACGGCCGUCUUUCCGACAUCAUCGGACGCAAGGGAGCGCUACUGGUCGCGCUCAGCUUCUUCACGGUGGGAACGUGUCUCUGCGCUGUCGCCAGGAGCAUGAACGCGUUGUUGGUCGCUCGAUUUGUUGCGGGCAUUGGAGGCGGCGGGUUGCUCACCACGUCGUCGAUCUGCAUGACUGACCUGGUGCCUCUGCGUCAGCGUGGGGUGUGGCAGGGCAUCACCAACAUCCUUUUUGGCUCGGCUGCUGCGUUGGGUGGACCUCUGGGCGGGUUCAUCAACGACACGUUUGGUUGGCGCACCGCCUUUGGCUUCCAAGUUCCCUUCCUGCUCCUGGGCGCCGUGUGCAUCGCUACAUUCGUAGACAUCCCUUUGCCGUCCUCGGGGCAGAGUUGGCAAAGGAAGCUCGGACGUAUCGACUACCUGGGCUCGCUCGGGCUGAUCUCGUCAUCCAGCUGUCUGUUGCUCGCCAUGAGUUUCCUCUCUGGCUCGCUGCUGCCGUUUUCGCAUCCGCUGGUGUGGGGGUUCCUGCUGGGCUUCCUGGUUACCGCGGCGCUGUUUGUAGUGGUGGAAGCUUGGGUAGUGCGCGAACCCGUAAUGCCAAUGACAUUGCUCACACGCAAAUCGCCAGCGCUCAUCGGUGCCUCGUACUUUCUGGGCAGCUUCGCCUAUUUUGCUACCAUCUUCCACUUGCCACUCUGGUUCCAGUCGGUUCGACUGCAGAGCGCAGCGCAGGCAGGGCUGCAUCUCGUCCCCAUCUCGUUUUCCGCAGCGGCGGGCAGCCUUUGGGCAGGGCUCUACAUGAAACGCACGGGCAAGUAUUGGCGGGCCAACACUGCCUGCUGCAUACUCAACAUCGCUUCUAGCGCGUACGGCUCGUCAUGGAACGAAUCCACCUCGGCCUGGGUAGAGUACAUCACGUUCUGCCCACAAAUAUUUGGCACCAGUGCCAUCUUCACGUUUAUGCUGAUUGGACUCAUCGCGUCCGUGUCCAAGGAGAAAGCUGCGGUGGCGACGGGGACAGUGUACCUGUUCAGAAGUCUGGGCCAAGUGGUGGGCCUGUCGCUGUCGGCGGCGCUGUUCCAGAUGCUGUUGCAGUCGCAGAUGCAUGCCAACAUCACUCCGGAUCUGCUACCACAUCCAGAGGAGGGUCCAGAAGCGGUCAGCAAGCUCAUCUCGGCGCUGAGGCACGAUACAUCGUUGGUGCUUACCCUGCAUCCACAAGCGUUGAGGCAUGCGGCGCAGGUGUCGUAUAUGAAUGCGAUCAAGUGGGUGUUUAGGCUCGUGACGGUGCUCAACGUGUUGUAUUUGGCCGUGUGCUGGCCGGUGGAGGAGUACGACCUUUCGGAUAAGGUGCCUGCUGCAGCCCCUGCCAGUGAGGAUGAAGGUCAACCAAGACAGGACGACUCGCACGCUUAG